GUACGUCUAAAACUCCGCCCUGCAAGACAAAACAAAAGCCUUCUUUGGCCAUCCGUUUUAAAGAGGCGGCGUUUGUUCAGUAUGGAGAGGAGCAGCUGCCGUGGAUAAUGGUGUUAAUAACGGAUAUUCAAAACAUACUGGAAUAAAGAGGACAGGAGAUAUUUAUUUUUUUGCCGUUUAACAUGGGGAACGAGGAAUAUGCCUGGAUUCGUUUUGCGGUGCUGCUCUGUCUCUGGGACUGCUGUUUUUCGCAAUUAUCCUACUCCAUUUUUGAGGAGGUGAACAAAGACUAUGUGGUGGGGAAUAUCGCAAAGGAUUUGAAUUUGAAUACACGUGAGCUAGAAACCAGGGAUGUUCGUAUUGUUUCCAGUUACAGUAAGAACUAUUUUAACGUGAAUGUAAGGACUGGAAACCUCUUUGUAAACGAGAGAAUAGACAGAGAAGAGCUUUGCUCGAAAAUGGCAGAAUGCUCCCUUAGAAUACAGGCUGUUCUGAGCGAUCCAAUGACUGUACACGGCAUUGAGAUCGCUGUUUUAGACAUAAAUGACAACUCGCCAGAGUUUAUUGAACAGUCAUAUUCGUUAAACAUUUCUGAAUCUGUUUCUCCGGGAGAACGUUAUCUUCUUCCAAUAGCAGAAGAUCUAGAUGUCGGUAGCAACUCAGUAAAGAGCUACAAGCUGAGUCAAAAUGAACAUUUCUCUCUUGACGUGCAGAGUGGCGGUGAACACGGUAUGUCUGCCGAGCUAGUCCUUGACAAAGUUUUAGAUCGUGAAAAGCAGCCCGUUCUUAAUCUUGUCCUAACCGCUGUGGAUGGAGGAAAACCUCACAGAUCUGGUGCAUUGCUGAUAACAGUAAACGUGUUAGAUGCUAAUGAUAAUACACCAGCGUUUAGCAAAUCUUUGUAUAAAGUACAAAUUAGUGAAAAUACUGCACGAGGAACAAUGGUAAUGAAAUUAAAUGCAACGGAUUUAGACGAGGGCAUUAAUAGUAAGAUCAUCUACUCUUUUAUCAAACGAGGCAAUUCUGAUCCAUCAAACGUUUUUGAUCUUGAUUCGGAAACGGGGGAAAUUACUGUGAGGGGUGAUCUUGAUUAUGAAGAAACGCCUGCUUAUGAUGUAAGAGUUCAAGCAAAAGACCAAGGUAAUUCUCCGCGUAGUGCGCAUGCUAAACUGCUGAUAGAGAUUACUGAUGUGAAUGACAAUGCCCCGGAAAUAUCUGUGACGUCAUUGAUGACACCUGUACGAGAGGACGCAGAACUGGGGACAAUCGUUGCUUUGAUUACAGUUAGAGAUAAAGAUGGAGGGAGGAAUGGCAUGAUAAAAUGCAACAUAGUUGGAUCUGUUUUGUUUAAACUCAAAUCCAACUAUAAAAACGACUAUUCAUUAGUAGUAAAUGCACCGCUGGACAGAGAAAACACUUCUCUUCACAAUAUAAGUGUUAGAGCGAUAGAUGAAGGUAGUCCACCUCUGUCCAGCAUUCUGGUCAUUAGUGUUGAUGUUUCUGAUGUAAAUGAUAACGCACCUCGAUUUAUGGAGUCCAUAAUCAACGUUUAUAUAAAAGAAAAUAUCCCAGUGGGCUCAGUUAUUAACAGAAUAACUGCAUUCGAUCCAGAUCAAGAUGCUAAUGCAAAAGUUAGCUACAAAUUGCUAGACAGUUCUUCAAGAAAUAUUCCCAUUUCAUCUUUUUUUAAUAUCAACUCAGAGACUGGAGAUAUAGUUAUUCUGCAAUUUUUAAACUAUGAAGAGACAAAGAUGUUCCCCUUCAAAGUUCAAGCCACAGACACUGGUGUUCCUCCACUCAGUAGCAACGUGACUGUCAACGUUUUUAUUCUUGAUGAGAAUGACAACAGUCCUGUGAUUCUAGCACCAUAUUCUGAGCAUGGAUCAGCUUACACUGAGACCAUCCCCUACACUGCUGAAGCUGGAUACUUUGUGGCCAAGAUCAGGGCUGUGGAUGCAGACUCUGGAUACAAUGCGCUGCUUUCGUAUCAUCUGACUGAGCCCAAAGGAAACAAUCUGUUCAGGAUCGGAACCAGCACCGGAGAAAUCAGGACUAAGAGGAGAAUGAGUGACAAUGACCUGAAAUCUCACCCCUUGGUGAUUUUGGUUUCCGAUGAUGGAGAUCCUUCUCUGUCAACUACCAUGUCUAUUGAUGUGGUUGUGAUUGAAAACACAGCUGACAUCCAGACUCAGUUAAGAAAUGUACCUUUAAAAGAGGACAACUUCACGGAUUUGAAUUUGUAUCUGCUGAUCGCAAUUGUGUCGGUGUCAGUGAUCUUUCUGCUGAGUCUCAUCAGUUUAAUAGCUGUGAGAUGCCACAGAACUGAUGGCGAUUUUAGGAGGUACAGUCCCCCGAUGAUCACCACCAACCCUGAUGGGAGCUGGUCUUAUUCUAAAGCUACUCAGCAGUAUGACGUUUGCUUUAGUUCGGACACACUGAAGAGUGACGUGGUGGUGUUUCCCGCCUCGUUUCCACCUGUAGAUGGUGAACUGAUCAGUAUUAAUGGAGGAGACACUUUUACUCGGACUCAGACUUUACCCAGCAAAGAGAAGGUACGUGAUUUUGAAUAUAAUUUGAAGAUUCAAAAAGUACAUAAAAUGUAA